GUGUCCCAAGAGGUUGAGGAAGGUUUGGGCGCAUUGCAAGCGAUCGGUUUGGAGUAAUUUCUCGCGUUUUGCGCUGUCGGACACGUCGAACGCUGCGAUGAAUUUGUAGUCGUCCUGCGAUAUCAUCUGCGACCUAAACGCAACGAGAGUUGGAUAAAGGGGGCACAAGGGGGCACUUACUGGAAAUAGGACUGCCAGUUGACUUUUUGGGCCCGGAUGUCGGUGGCUCGCUGCUGCAAGACACUUGUCGCCGCCAGCAUGUCUGAAAUCGCCCACAUUGUGAACAAAAACCGGGAAUUUCGCCAAUAUCAACAAAAACUGAAAUUGUUUGGUACCACUGGUUUGAUAGUCACAAGUGUCACGUGAGGUACUAAACCUGACUUUUUCCCAAUUAAUGUGGGAAAUUACCGAGAAUUUAACAAAUUUCGAUCAUUUAGGACGAUUUUGGGUCGGCCCCUGCGGGAACUUGCGCCGAAGACAUUUUCACACAAAACGGUGCACUUUUUCACGAAAAAACCACACUAAACCCCAAUCGUGUUUUUUUGGCUACACCUGACAAGUCUUGUGAUUAUUGACACGCGAUACCAACCCAACACUAACAAAUAACCCGGUUAAUGUGCGCACUAGAGUGGGACAACAAACCGGGUUGUGUUGGCACAAGUGUGACAGCGCGCCAAAGUUCAAAAUGAACCUCCCCCGGCCUAAAAAAAAUUGCAAAUUGCAACCAAGCCCCCCAUUACCGGUGGUCUCGCACCGGAUUAGAGGGUUCUUCGACGGGUUUUGUGUCACUCUCGACGACUCCAAUGACAUGAAAACGGUUAUUUCGAUGGGGUAUUUCGGGAAAGCGAACUUGUCCCGGAGUUACCCCCAAUUUGGGGUUAAACAACCCGAAAUUGUCUUCAAACGGGUUUACGACAACCGCAAACGUUACGCGAAAGACAAGGCGAAGAAAAUUGUGAUUUUGCCGAACUUUGAGACCGAUUUUACGAAUUUUAAACCCGAAUUUCAGUUUGAUUCGACCGGGAUCCGCGAAAGUGUUAAUUUAGGGCUCGAAGAGGCGUUUUUUCUUGCAACUGCAAUUAAUUGUCUCGAUGUUUACGAUGAAGUGUGUUUAAGUCCCCAACAAUUAUGGGAUGUUUUCAAAAAGAGUGAUAAAUAUUUCAUUCAGAAUUACAUUGCGUAUUAUUAUUUUAGGUCAAAAAAUUGGGUCGUAAAACCGGGGAUUAAAUUUGGGGGUGAUUUUUUGUUAUACAAACAAGGACCACCUUUUUAUCAUGCGUCCUAUGUCGUGAUAAUUUGUGUCGUUGACGAGGAUUUGAAACUGAUAAAAAGUCAAAAUAGACGUUCCAUGAAAAAAACCCAUUUAAUGGGUCUGAAUCGGUUGUGUGAAACUGCACGAAAAGAAUUGCUGAUUUGCGAGAUUGUUUGCCCCGGUAUUUCCCCCGAUACAAUUUCCUUCAAUGAUAUUAGCAAGUUUGCGAUCAAGGAAACAAUAAUGAAACGGUGGACCCCCCAAAUCGACCAAAAUUAAUUUAUUACUACUUUUCUAAUAAAAAAGUUACAUUGAAGUUG